UAACAGUGAUAAUAAAUUAAUAAAAAAUUGACAAUUUAGUAAUUUAGUAUUAGUAUUUAUAUUUUACUGUCAAUAUGGUAAUUCAAAAGUAACAUACAAUAUAAUAUAAAUAUACCUACUACCUUAUUGAAUGACAAUGUCGAGUUAUAAUGAUCGACGACGAAAAGAACGUGAAAACAUUGGUUUGAUAGGUGUAGCAGAAAUUUGGGAAAAAUCUCCUCCACAACCUGUUAACAAUUUAGAUUCGGAUGAUGAAAAUGGUUUAAAUCAAAACAAUCUUGCAAUUGAUCCAAUUAAAUCACAUAAGAAGAGGAAGAAACAUAAAGAAAAAUCAAAGAAAUCAAAAAAGUCCAAAAAAGCAAAAAAGCAUAAGGAAUCACAUAAAAAGAAAAAGAAGAAAAAAGUAUCAUCAGAUAGUUCAAGUAAUUCAAGUAGUGAAGACGAUGAAUGGAUUGAGAAAAAAGGUGCUAAAGAACAUACCGUUGAUGACAUGGUAGGACCAUUACCAAAGCCUAAUGUCACAUUAACACAAAAAGAGUAUGGCCGUGCUUUGUUGCCUGGUGAAGGGGCAGCCAUGGCAGCUUAUGUACAAGAUGGUAAACGUAUUCCUCGUCGUGGUGAAAUUGGUUUAACAUGUGAUGAAAUAUCAUCUUACGAGUCGGUUGGGUAUGUGAUGAGCGGAAGUCGGCACAGACGCAUGGAAGCUGUGCGUAUUCGUAAAGAAAAUCAAAUUUACUCUGCUGAUGAAAAACGUGCGUUGGCUAUGUUCAGUAAGGAAGAACGGCAGAAGAGAGAAAAUAAAAUUCUUACUCAGUUUAGGGAUAUGGUGAAAAGCAAAACCUCAAAUAAGUAAUUAGAAAUUAAAUUUUGUGUUAAAUCUGUAUUAAAUGUAAAAUAAUAUAAUUGACUGAUUACAAUA